CCACCACGCCGAUGAGAGGUGGUUCAGCCUCUCAUCCGUGGGAUCUUGGGCAAAUCCAUUGGCCUCUCUGAGCCUCCGUGUCCCCAUCUGUAACAUGGGAAUAAUAAGACCUCGUGCAGUAUGUGCAACCCUGAGCGGGGGUUGGUGGAGGGAGGGCACCCCAAUGCACAAGAUAUCCCCAGUUCCCGCAGUCAGAACGAGUAGCCAGCAUUUUUUUUUUUUUAAUGCCCACUGAGUACCAGGUAAUCAGGCAAAGCAGUUUCCAUGGGUCCGUUCUCUCACAGCCACCUCUCAGGGAUGCUGUGCAAAUGUUACACCUGUAAACCCAACUUUACAGAUGUUCACACAAGCUCAGAGGUAUGUGCCAUGCUCAGAGUCUCAGCGCCUGGAUGCAAACCCACGUGUGCCGGAUUCCACAGGUGGGGUUCAGUCUGACUCGGGUUCAAUCUGGCAGCAUUCGAUCCUACUCAACCCCGAACCCCCACAGCUGUCCUCUCCGGAAAAACAGUAGCAACUUCCUGGUCCUCUUCCUCAUCAACACCAAGGAUCUGCGGGUCCAGGUGCGGAGGUAUGGGGACCAGAAGAAGCUGUUCAUCUCUCCUGGGCUCCUCCCCGAAGUGCCCUCUGAACCAGGGCCCCCGAAACCAGAGCUCACAGUCACCCCUAAAGUGGGCAGCGGGACCAUCACUGUGCUCAGCAAGGCCCAGUCAAAACCCACAGUGUCCCAGGGAGACCAGCAGGGCCUCAGUGGGAAGGACAGCGAACUGGUCCUGGGGCUUGGGCAUCUCAACAAUUCCUACAACUUCAGUUUCCACGUGGUGAUCGGCUCUCGGGCCGAGGAAGGCCAGUACAACCUCAACUUCCACAACUGCUACAACUCGGAGCCGGGCCAGGAGCAGCCGUUCGACCUCACGGUCAUGAUUCGGGAGAAGAACCCGGAGGGCUUCCUGUCGGCGGCGGAAAUCCCCCUGUUCAAGCUGUACCUGGUCAUGUCUGCCUGCUUCCUGGCAGCCGGCGUCUUCUGGGUGUCCGUCCUCUACAGGAACACGUACAACGUCUUCAAGAUCCACUGGCUCAUGGCGGCCCUCGCUUUCACCAAGAGCAUCUCCCUCCUUUUCCACAGUAUCAACUACUACUUCAUCAACAGCCAGGGCCACCCCAUCGAAGGCCUCGCUAUCAUGCACUACAUCACACACCUGCUGAAGGGCGCUCUCCUCUUCAUCACCAUCGCCUUGAUCGGCUCCGGCUGGGCCUUCGUCAAGUACGUCCUGUCAGACAAGGAGAAGAAGAUCUUUGGGAUCGUGAUUCCACUGCAGGUCCUGGCCAACGUGGCCUACAUUGUCAUCGAGUCCCGCGAGGAGGGCACCAGUGAUUAUAGGCUCUGGAAGGAGAUCCUUUUCCUGGUGGAUCUCAUCUGCUGUGGCACCAUCCUCUUCCCUGUGGUCUGGUCCAUCCGGCAUCUCCAGGACGCAUCUGGCACCGAUGGAAAGGUGGCGGUGAACCUGGCCAAGCUGAAGCUGUUUCGGCAUUACUACAUCAUGGUCAUCUGUUACGUCUACUUCACGCGGAUCAUCGCCAUCCUGCUGCAGGUGGCUGUGCCCUUCCAGUGGCAGUGGCUGUACCAGCUCUUGGUAGAGGGCUCCACUCUAGCCUUCUUCGUGCUUACCGGCUACAAGUUCCAGCCUGCAGGCAACAACCCUUACCUACAGCUGCCCCAGGAGGAUGAGGAGGACAUGCAGAUGGAGCAGAUAAUGACCGAUUCUGGGUUCCGGGAAGGCCUGUCCAAGGUCAACAAAACAGCCAGCGGGCGGGAACUUUUGUGAUCCUCCCCUGUGUCUGGGACCGUCCUGCUUCCCCCACCUCCCGCCUCCGCCCUCUGCGUACACGUUCCUCACUCUAGCUCUGCUCCCAAAGCACACAUAUGUGUUGGGGUGGAGAGUGGGGGGGGGUGUGGCGGGGGAGGAAGGUGCCUGGGUGAGAGACUUGAGUUCCAGGAGCCCAUUUGGAAGAGAGCCCCUUCUUCCCCCAAGAUUUGGGCAGCCCUGUCCCUGCCCCUGAGCCACCCGCCACUUGCAGCUGUACAAUAAUGACCAAUCUGUUUUGCUACCCUG